CCUACGUCUCCCCGCAAUAGCCCUUCUCAGUGUGACUCUUUUCGAGAUGACUGCGCAAGCAUCGCGAAGACCCCAUAUUGUUGUUAUUGUGGCAGACGACCUGGGCUGGGGUGACGUCAGCUUCCACGGCUCUAGGCAGAUCCCGACCCCUAACAUCGACACCCUUGCCGGCGAUGGUCUGGCGCUGCACCACUACUACGUCCAGUCGUCAGGGGCUGCUACCCGGAGCGCUCUCAUGACGGGGCUCUAUCCGAUUCACACGGGUAUGCAAAACGAUGACAUUGGAAAUUCAGAGCCAUGGGGACUCCCACUCAAGUUCAAGAUCCUCCCUGAGCAUUUUAAUGAUCUUGGUUAUUCCACUUACGCGAUCGGCAAGUGGCACCUCGGUUAUUUCCGCAAGGAAUAUACGCCACUGAUGAGAGGAUUUGAUCAUCACUUCGGAUUUUGGACCUCACAUGCAGGAUACUUUGACCACUGCUCGCACGAGAAGUAUACUUUAAACGGAAAAGUUUUUUCUACUUGGGGACUGGACUUCAGAGAAGAUCUCCGCGUGGCAAGCAACAGUGCUGGCCAGUAUUCCACGAACCUCUUCACGGAUAAGGCCGUCAGUAUUAUAAAUGCCCACAAUGCAUCCAAGCCGCUCCUGCUCUAUCUCGCCCAUCAAGCGGUGCACGUGGGGAACGCCUACCAUCCCCUGGAAGCGCCGUCAUCCUACGUGAAGAAAUUUCGUUACAUUAAGGACUUGCGGCGCCGUAUUUUUGCGGGAAUGGUGGCCGCUCUUGACCAGUCGGUGGGCGACGUCUUCCGCGCCCUGCAAAGGAAGGGCAUCGUGGAAGACACGAUCGUGCUGCUCACCUCGGACAGCGGCGGUGCAGCCGGGGGAGUGGAGCAGGGCGUGGGCUCCAACUGGCCGCUGCGGGGCACGAAGAAGACGCUGUGGGAAGGCGGCGUCCGCGCCGUGGGCCUCCUCUGGAGCGCCAAGCUGCCCAAGGGACGCGUGGCCUCCCAGCUCAUCCACGUCACCGACUGGCUACCGACGCUAUAUUCGGCAGCCGGCGGUGACAUAACCGACCUCGGUUCAAUUGACGGCAAAGACCUGUGGACAGUUCUCGUGGAUGACCGGCCAUCACCGCGGACCGAACUCCUCUACAACAUCGACUACCGCUGGAAGCUGGCCGCCAUUCGCGUGGGGCCUUACAAGUUGGUUCUCGGGGCGUCUUCAUCCGACCAAUUUGACGACUGGUACGAACCCAUCGAGUCGGACGCCACCAAUCCCUACUUGGAGUCGGCCGCGCUCAGGAAGGCCCUGUUUACCGACUGCGCCGUCCACAAGGCCCUCUGGGCCAUUGGAAGGUCCGCAAAGGUGGGCUGGGCAGACGACGUGCUCCAGGUCGAGUGUGGCACGAAGCCCAACAACGCCAACGCUACUUGUCGGCCGAGAUUAAAACCUUGCCUUUUUAACGUCGAGCAAGAUCCCUGUGAAUACAGGAAUGUCGCCUCCACAGAAAGAAAGCUCCUGGCAAAGCUCUUCUACAGGCUCCAGGAGUUUCAGCUGACUAACAAGCCGCCACUGAACAGGCCGCCGUCGCCGGCCGCCAACCCUGCCCUGCACUGCAACGUAUGGGUGCCCUUCAUGGACAGCGAGGUCACUGGCUUGCGGAAGAAAUAA